ACAAGGCGGCACUGCGGCAUUCAUUAGUGCGCGUUGGUCCAACGAUCAGCCCACAUUACUUCUGCGAUCUGCUGAUUCCUUCGAGUGUCGUGCCGUUUUCUUAUACAAAUAUAAGCCAUGAGGCCUGAGACAGGAUGGCUCUUCAUGGCGUCCCUUCUGAGCGGCUGGAACGGCUCCGCCUUGUCGCAGAACGCCACCACGACGAUGACGAGCUCGGUUAAGCCGAUCAACGCUACCGAUUUACCGAUCGCCAUCGAUACAAGGACUACGCUCAAUGGCGGCCUCAAGUACGACGUGUUCGAUUGGAAUACUCUCAAAAGCAUGAUGAAACACGGCGGCGACUUGGAGAACAUAGUGGUGUCGCCGAUCGCCCUCAAGCUCGCCCUGGCUCUGCUCUACGAGGGCGCCCAGGGCGUGACCAAGCAGGAGCUCGGCAAAGUGCUGAACCUGCCCGAGGCCAGCACGGCCGCCUCCGCCGAGAUCCGCAACAAGUUCGUCGAGAUGCUGAACUCGCUGAAGGACGAGCGAGCCGAUCAGGCGGCCGAGGUCAGGCUGGGAUCGCGUCUGUUCGUCGACGACUGCUACACGAUCCUCAAGCGCUACACGAGCAUCGCCAAGGGCGUCUACGACACGGACGUCGACAGGGUCAACUUCACCGACUCGAAGGCGGCCGCCGCCAGGAUCAACGACUACAUCAAGGAGUUGACCAACGGCCACGUCGAGCGCAUCAUCGUAGACGAAGCGAGCCUGAAAGACAGCGCCAUGGUGAUCGCCAACGCCGUGUACUUCAGGGCGGCUUGGCUGGACCGGCCCUUCGACCCCAAGGAAACGCGCCUCGGCCAGUUCUUCCUGAACAACGACAAAUUCGUCACGGUGCAGUUCAUGCGCUCCAGCGGACAAUUCUUCUUCGCCUACGUGCCGGAAUUGGACGCUCGAGUCCUCAAGAUUCCUUACGCCGGUGGAAAAUACUCGAUGAACCUGAUGCUGCCCGAGCAGCGUAACAAGCUCGGCGAGAUGAUGGCCAAGGUGACCCCGGGCACGCUCAAGCACAGCUCGAUGAGGUUCGAGAAGCAGUCGGUGGACGUCGUGCUGCCCCGCUUCCGUUUCCGGGCGAGCAACGACCUGCAGCCGGUCCUCAAGGAUCUCGGCCUCAAGAGCGUCUUCGGCGCCGACGCGGACCUACCGAUCGUCCUCGAGACCAAGCCCCAGGCCAGCGGCGGCAAGUCGCUGCACGUGUCCAACAUCCUGCAGAAGGUCGGCAUCGAGGUCAGCGAGGCCGGCACCGAGGCCUACGCCGCCACGGAGAUUCAGCUGGACAACAAGAUGCAGGGCGAGCUGUUCAUCGCCAAUCAUCCGUUCGCCUUCUACCUGGAGGACGAGGCCAGCGGCGCUCUCUUGUUCGCCGGCGUCGUCAACGAUCCGCUCAAGCUCGAAAAUCGAAUCGGAGCGGAAGAGGUAGUAGCACCAGCGACGCCCGAAGUCGUUCCUGCAUCGGCACCCCUGCCACCGCAGCAAGUGGUUCCCGCAUCGGCACCACCGCCACCCAGUCCAGUUUACCCUCAGUCGGCCUCGGCCGAUGAAGCGUCGUUCGCGUCGGCGCCUCUACCACCGGCGGCGAGCUUUCCAGCAUCGGCACCUCUACCACCUCCACCUCCGAGUUUUUCCGGGUCGCUUCCUCCUCCUCCGGCGUUCGUGCCGGUGCCCCAGCAAGACGUGCCCGCGGCCAUCGCCCAGAUAUUUCCACCGCCGGGCGCGCCCGUACCCCAGCUACCGGCCCAGCAGGUAGACCUGCUGGCCAACAACGACGUGCAGUUGCAGCUACCCAACAACGGACCAGGCCACAACUCCGUCAUGGGAAUCGGCAGCGACUCGAGGCAAAACUUUUUCAACAUCGAGCUGCUUCAGGCGGUGAACGAUGAAAGCAGCCACCCCAACGUCGUUCUGGGAACGUCGAGCGUCAAGGCCUGCCUCAUGCUGCUGAUCGAGGCGGCGCAGGGUCGCAGCCGGCAGCAGCUCCUCACCGCUCUGCGACUGCCCGGCAAACUGUCGGACAUCCGCGCGGCCGCCGAUCUCAACCUGGCCAAUUUCAAGGACCCGACGGCCAGCACCGAGCUCUUGACGGUGGCCAAGCUCUGGACCUCCCAAGACCAGCAGAUCAAUCGCAACUACAGCGCCACGCUGCAGCGCUACUACCACGGCGAGGUGCAGUCGCUGGACUUCCGCCAGUCCCAGCUCGCGGCCCAGUCCAUCAACGCCUGGGUCAAUCAGCUGACCAAGGGCUUGAUUCGCGAGCUGUACGAGCCGUCGGGCAGCGACCUGUCCCCGGACACCCGCAUGAUCCUCACCACCGCAGUCUACUUCCGGGGCAAGUGGCUCAAAGCCUUCGACAAGUCGUCGACCCGGGCCGAGUGCUUCCAGGCGCCCAACCGGGGCUGCGUCAAGACGCCCAUGAUGGAGAGCUACGAGUGGUACAAGUACGCGGUGGUGCCGGCCCUCGACGCCCAGGCCCUCCUGCUGCCCUACGUCUCGGGUCGCAUGGCCAUGCUGGUGCUGCUGCCCAAGACCUCGGAUCCGGCGGCCCUCCAGGGUCUGUCACGGGACUUGGCCUUCACCCCGCUGACCUCGAUUCUGGCCUCGAUGCGCGACACCGAGAUGAGGGUGCAGCUGCCCAGAUUCACCAUCGACACCGAGAUCGACCUGACCAAUGACUUGCAAAAGCUUGGAAUCCACGACAUAUUCAACAACAUGGCCGACCUGAGCGGAGCCUUCGCCGCCCCGAUCCCUGCGAGCACCACCGUCCCCACCACGGUCACCAAAUCGGCGCAGCAGCCGCAACUGACCCAGCACAUCGACCGAGUCCUGCACAAGGCCCACAUCGAGGUGAGCGAGGAGGGCACCAUCGCCGCCGCGGUCACGGGCACGUCCAUCGUGCCGCUGAUGGGCCCCAGUCAUACCGAUUUCGUGGCCAAUCGGCCCUUCCUCUACUUCCUGCUGGACAUGCAGAGCAACGGCAUACUGUUCGCCGGCCGCCUCAACGAGCCCACCGAGCUCGUCGUGGACAAGGUGCCGCCGUCAUCGUCGCCGGCUACCAAAGUUUAAUCGACGAUUACACCGCACGAUGAUUAUCCUUCAAGACUGCUGAAUCGUCGCGUAACGCGUUUAUAUUCAUAAUAUUACGUAUAAACGCGUGCGAUCGAUGACUCUUACUCUUUUUUUUUUUAUUCACGCACCUUUGAACCUUUAUCCUCGUCCUCUCUCCUUCUCCUCCUCCUUCCCAUUUUAGGGUUGCACUCGAGCGAGCUGACACAUACGCUCUCGACUUUUUUUGUAUAUACAUUAUAUAUACCGUGCGACGCGCGCUGUGAUCUUUUAUGCUUUAUAUACGCACUACUGUCAACGAUGAGUUAAUAAAAAAAAAACAUUUUUUUCAUUA